GUUCCUGUAUCUGUGUGCAGUGACCUGUCAUGGGUUUCCCAAGUAUUGCACAACAAAAAACAGUAAGACAAUUGAUUGUGAAAUAUGGUCAGCUCUCGACUCGAUAUUUACAUCAAAUAUGGAGACUUUGGAAAACAUGGUAACAGAAGAACAAAGACGAACUCCGCUUGAACAUUCCAUUUUUAAUAGCCCGGUUCCUUGCCCAGACUUUGAAGUAUCGAUUAAACCUCACUCCUCAACUCAAAGUCAAGUGGAUCAAGAUCACGUAUCACUCGCUCCCUACCAAACUAAAACUCCAACCCAAGAUCGCGUAGAAUCGGAUCAUAGAAGACAUGUGGUUCCCGAUGACUUCACGCUCGCUUCUUACCAGACAAAAUGUCCACGCCAGGAGCACGUAGAACCUGGAAAUCUUGCUAUUGCUUCCACUCACAAGAAAUUCAGUAAAUGCUCCACGCAUAACUCAUCCAUUCUACAUAUAACAGACAGAACUUCAGAAAAAGGACCAUUGACGGAUGAAGAAAAGGCACACAGCUGCGCUAACACAGGAAACAAAGGACAAUUAUUUAAUGUGUCCUUUGCGGUAUUUUCCUGCCUUGCAUGUUUCUGGCCGACUGGUCUGGUUGCAAUUUAUUACGCAAAACAAGCUAGCAGGUUACACAAGGAGGGCAAAUUUUCAGAGGCGGCUAAGUUCGAGCACUCAGCCCGUACUUUGAGUGGAGUCAGUGUCAGCAUUGGUCUCUUGUGGAUUGGGAUUGUUGUCGUGGUCAGCAUUCUCAAAGCAACCAGUCACUGAAUGAAAAUUAAGACACUAACAACGCGAAUGUAUUGAGCCCCGUUCUUGGAAAACUGGUUUUAAUGCACGUGCGUAAAGUGUUAUCCCACAUUAGCCUGUGCAGUCCGCAAGGACAACACUUAAAGAACAUUCAUUACGCUCAUUAUCCAGGACUAAGUGUUAUUUAACGUCAUGGUGUCUUUCGAAAAAAAUGUGAUGAUAUACCACUAUUGAAAAAUGUGAUAUUCCUCGAACGGUUAUUUGCAAAUUAUAACUUAUUGUGCACAUUUACUAUCAAUAACAUCAUUAAUAACAUGUUGCCAUAUAAAACAAAAACUAUACUUACAUUUACAAAUACAAUAAUAUAAGUGUUGAAACUGCAUCGAAAAUGUAUUCACUAUAUCGAGAGAACUCAGAAAACGGAUAUAUUUGUUGAAGGUUUGAAUAAAAAAGGGUAAAGAUGGUAAGAAGAAACGUCAAUAAUAUACUGCAUAAGUAAGUUUAAUAAAACGUUCCGCAAAGGCAGCGAUAUAUUUAAUUUAUAUCGUUUUCAAUCAGUGUAUUAUAAUUUGUAGUAACUCUUAAAAGUAUCCCUGCAAUGUUAUGAUAAGGUAAAACCUUAUUCGGGUUUUACAUACAACGUUUAUGACAAAUUUACCAUAAUCAAUACUAAUAUAUAAUAUAUAAUGUUUGAUUCUCCUCCACAUAUUUAUACGUUCUGUUUAGAAAUGAACAUGCCAAGGUAAGAAAAAUAUUAAAACAAAAAUAGUGCAUUCAAAGAGAGCAGUUUGUGACAAGCAUAGCGUCAAUUGUUUAUUUAGUCUAAAAAAGUAAAGCGAUUUUUUCUCUGUUUGGAAAAUUGACAAUACAAAAGUAAAAUGUUUAAAAACGA